ACCUAUUUAAAGCAGCCUAAGAUUGCUUUCAGAGUAUAUAGUAUCGAAAAAGACUUCGUCUCCCUGUCACUAAGCCUAACGAAGGAAUCGACCACACCUCGAGAUACUGUGGAGGAUCUAAAGUAUCUCUUUGAAAGUGUGCUGCUCAGUCUUACUAACCGAGAACCUCUAAACACUCCUUUAUUAGUGAAGGUUAUCCGCAAAGGAUAUUCUUCAGCUGAGCUUCCUAUAGUAAAUAAGCCUUCUAAGCCUUCUCAGCCUUACUUUUCUAGCAAUAACUGGGAUAAAGAAGUAUAUAAAUAUACGAUCACCGAACCGGUAGAGACCAGCGGUGGUGUUAACGACUAUACUGAAUAUAUAUUCGUUGUCUGUGAAUAUAUUGACCGGAUAUCUAAGGAGGUAGUGCUAUUUAUAGAUAUCAAGUCGGAAGGCCUACGCGAUAUCCUGCGAGAUAUACUGCACAAUAUUAAGGCUGUUAGCCUAAUAGAGGAUAAGCUAUCGGUAAUUGAGAUAGUAUUAUUAUUAAGGAAGCUCGAUAGAUAUACGGAGAAUAUAGAUAGCAGUUUAGACUAUAAGUCGGUAUAUACGGAGUAUCUCCUCUUACUUAUCGACCACCUUAACGUCUCGAAUCAAUAUUGCAGCACAGUUAUAUUAUAUAUAACCUUCUUUAGGCGCUUUUUAAGCCUAUGGAAUCUCGAGUGCCGAUUUAUCGAUUAUAACGGAGUUAAGUUCGGCGAGGCUAGAAUAUUUCUGCGUAUAGUAAAGUUCCGGGGGUUAAGGCCGAUCGAGAGCCUUAAGGCCUUCCCUCUCCGCUGUUAUUUAAGGUAUAAGGAAGUUCGGAAAGACUUAUUUCGGGAUUUGGCCGGCUCGUAUAUUCGGCACUGUAACGGUAGUACGUUCUUUAUAAAUAAGGGGAAGGCGAUCAAAGUUAACGUUAACAGUCGAGUGGUAGUGGACGCCACACCCGAGUCGUUCGACUGCCUAAAGAUCCCUUCAGAGACUAAGACUAUCCUCUUAUUAUUAGCGAAAACCCGCCUAGGGAUAAUACCGACGGUACCGUUCGACAACUAUAUCGGUAAAGCGUCUAUAAUAUCAAGACUUCCUAACCUAACUUAUACUAGUGGCCCACCGGGAGUCGGAAAGACUUUUACGGUUAAGGUAACCUCGGAGUAUUUUAAGCUCCCCCUCUAUUCGCUUAAAACAGUAUUUAAGAUCGCUAAAUAUUUUAAUACUGUACUUCUCUUAGAUAAGGUAGACGUAUUUAUAGAGCAGCGUAUAUCUUACUACGAUACCUACAAUCGCCUUUUUAAUAAUAUAAUUCUCAGCCGGAUCUAUUUAAUUAUUGAGUAUAAGAAUUUAACGAGAGAGUUUCGCAGAGAUCUCUGGUUAACUUUUCUGUCUAAGGAGUACGAACUCCGACGAUUGGAGUCUUUAGCUCUGAAUAGACGAGAGAUUAAAAAUAUCGCAGCAAUUAUAUACGCUCUCGCUGAGGCUGACGUUAACUAG